GGUACUAAAAUGUCCCAUGUUCUGAACGGUCUGUGAAUGCCUCAUGAAGUUUCCUCUGUUUAAUUGAAUAACCAGGUGUCAAUCUCUUAUUAGCCAAUCCGUGCCUGUCAAAGUUGGACGUCAACUACCUACCGGAUUCUGAGAAGGGGGUGGGACUAAAAAAAGAGGAGACGAGGCUCAGGCUAGUAACGGCAGAAAACGAGGAAAGGAAUAACGACGCAACGAAGGAGCUAGUUGUAAGCUAUUUGAAAGUGUUUAAUGUUACUGUUGUAACGGAAACUUAGAACCGGGGGGGUUUUAUUGUGUGUUACCUGGUACAACAUGUAAUAGUGAGCCAUGUUCGGAGCUGUUUCAGCCGGAAAUUAUACUUAAUGUCCACAACGCCAUUUUCUGUUGUGUGUUAAUGCCAGUUAGCCUCGUCCUCGCUAGCUGGGAGAAGGAGGAGACUGUGUGUGUGAGGGAGAAUAUUUUGCGCCGGGUUUUCUGAUGUGCCUCAAGCCUACAUGCCUGCCGCCUGCCUGCUGCCACGCGUGCUACUGCUGCUGAAGAGGGUGCUUGGGACUCCGCUGCGCCAGAGGACCUGGUGUCGCACAUGGACGUGUCUUCAGGACUGCUUUCUCCAUCUCAUCACCUUUCUUCACUGAACCGACGGUUUGAGGAAACUGCUGCUAACCGUUUCUGAAUCUCCAAGGAUUAAUGGUUUCAUCCUGUAAAGAUCUUCUUCUUGUGUCGUCGUUGGCUGCUUUCAUUUUUCUGGGUCUGUGUCUGGUGCGUACACGUGGAGACGUGAUCAUCAAUCAUUUCAUCAUGUUCCCGUCAAGAUCUUCUGCUGCGACCGUCAGCACCAUCACCAUCACCAUCACCAUGGCAGUGACUGUCUUUGCUACGUGGAUUUGGAAAUGUCGGGAGAUCAAAAAGAAAAUGAGAGCUCUGGAUGAAAACAAGGCAGCCCUCGAGCAAAGACUCGUCAUGUCAGAGAGGAGCCUUCAGGAUGUGGUCCAGAGCAUUGCUAACGUCAUGGACUUUGGGUUCUCCAGCAUCAUGAGGAUACUGGAGAACCAGAGGGAGCAGUUCAGACUGGAUCUGGAAGACGUGCAGACGGAGAUGGAGAAGAUCAGGGAGAAGCUUCAGGUCCUGGAGAGGAACAUAGCAGAGUGUGAAGAAAGACAGGAAAUCCGCAGCACUGAGGAAUAUUUGAGAGACAAGCAGAGGCUGUUAAGAGUCCAGUGGCAGCUGGAGAGGAGGAAGGAAGAGCUGGAGCAGCUGCAGCUGAACACAGAGAGGGUGCUGCAGAGUAGAGAGGCAGAAGGUCUGAAGCUGCUGACAGAGAGAACAAUGACAUUAAAGACUGACAUGAAGCAGCUACAUGAACGACUGCAGCAGGUAGAGACAGAGAGGGAAGAGCUGCAGCGCUCCUGGUGUCUCAUCUCAUAAAGUUCACUGUGGUCACGUGUGGUGGGUUCAGGGUGUGUUCACACCUGCACAAACCAACCGAACAGGACAGGACAGGUGUGAACGCACCCUUAAAGUGCACCAGAAAGUGGCCCAACAGAAAGAGGCCUCAGUCCUCUUCUAUAUAAUGCAUACUGACAUAGUUUGGUUUCACUCUGACAAACUGCUCCUCGUGCUGCGUCCUUGUCAGCGUUACAGAUCAACAUGGUUUUGUCUGUUUGUUAAAGCGUCCCAGGUCAACAUCAUGUGAUCUAGACGGCUGAACUCAAAGGCAAAGAGCAAAGUGAACCUGGAGCACUUUGUGUUCACAGUGCACAGUUAGUGAACCUCAUGGUGGACUUGAAGUGAACCGAACUCAAGAGGGGUCUGAGAUCUCUCAGAGCGUUCACAUAUGUGCAAAAAAUGUUGAGUCACCGCUCUGAGUCUGUUCAGACGGCUGAAAAGGACCAAAUGUGAUUAUUAAUUAUUAAGUGAUUAUCUGAAAGAUUGAAUAUUAAUUAGCAACAAUCAAAGCUGAGAGUUUGAUAAUGAAAAACUGCUGACUGUGUGCUCUCUGCUGAUGAACCACUCUUUAUUAUCUGACUCCACCAGGUGGCGCUCUUGGUUGAAGGACUGACAGUGACGUGUGCUUUCAGUCCUUUGUUGAUCAGACGGCGCCAUCCAGUGGCUUCAUUUGGCCAUCACAUGUGCUAACAGUCCACCAACUGUCACCUGAUCUUGGUUCAAAUAUUGCUUCAUCCUGAUUGGUGCUCACAAGUACCUGACAUCACCUUUUUCAAACUGAGCCCCGCCCACUUUACACCAGUGACAGGAGCACAGUUUGGCCUCAGGUUUCAGCACUGAGUCAUGAAUGUGAUCAUCAUUACAUUCAUGUGACUAAAACAUCAUGUUAAAGUCUCAUCUUUUAAACUGUUCUUCACACAUUGAUUUCAUGUUGUUGUGUCAGUUUUGUGCUGUGUGGUGUUUUAUACCAUGUGAAUUUAUUGAUCUUCACCGUCCCUUCUUGAACUACACUCAGCUAACAGAGGAAACAGAAUGUGUUGAUGAUAAAUAAUAAUCACCAACACUGCUGUGAUUCUGGCAGAAAAAGUUCAUUUCAGACUCAAACACUGACGGUCAGAAAGUACUGUAUUAUUUUCAUCAUCACUUUCUGUUCUCUGUCAACACUCUUGUGUCCCCGGUCGUCCCCUCCACGGUCACGUGACUGACACAUGUAACACCUGGUUCACUUUGUCAGACAGACACUGUUCGGCUCAGGCAACAACACCACUUGGUUAGGUUAGAAAAAACAAACAUGUUUGGGAUUAAAGUCAGUUGAAUACGUGAUGCAGGUGUGUCACAUAACUGACAUAAAUAUGUGACAUAACAUCACAGCAGCAGUGGGCGCCGGGGUGACAGUCUGUCUCAUCACUGAUUCUGUCCAAGAGUGCAUCACUACGCCAUGACAGGUCACUUUAAGGCCCAUUUAUGCUCAACGUUAAAUACGGAUCCAGAUACAGACGGAGCCUUCUGUCCGUGCUCUGCGUUCAUUUCGUCCGUAUUUCUGCACGUUUCCAUAAAGCUUAUGGAUACGGGCCAAACAGCGCAGUACCACCGGGAACCGUGGGGGCAGUGUUGCUGUCACUACCUGAUACGUAGCUCUAGUGAGACACGAAGAAGAAAUAACAAUGGCUCGAAACUUGCUGCCAAAGCUUGCUGGCUGAUAGUGAUGGCCAAAUGAAGCCUCAUGAACCACUUUAUCUAUUUUCCGACUCCACCAGAUGGCGCUCUUGGUUUAAAGCUAAAGGCUGAAGGACUGACAGUGAAGUGUGCUUUCAAACCUGUGUUGAACAGACAGCGCCAUCCAGUGGCUUCAGAGAAUAAAGACAGUGGUUCAUGAGGCUUCAUUUGGCCAUCACUACUGGCUGAUUUCUGUAGCUAGAAGCGCAGGGUGACAGCUAGUCGCUCUGCCUCAUGCUGGAUGGGGGGGCCACCCGGCGAAGCAAGUUAUCGAAUGCCCCGGUGGACAUCCCAAAGUUCUGGAAAUGACGCUCGUCGUCAGUUUCUCUCAUCGGCAGCACUAGAGAAAAGAAUUCUCCGUCCUCCAGUCGCGAUGUAUUUAACGGCCUCACCAACCACCGCCUCCUACAACGCUGCCUCUGUUUUUGUCUUUUAUGCAAGAGGUACAUCAUCAAUAUCUCCUCCACAGUCGCCAUGUUUGUUUUUGAGUUUGUUGUUGUCAUAAUCGUUUGACUCUGGGCUGCCCCCUGGUGGAUAUAUUGGUUAACAUCCAUGCCAACGUAAACGACGCAUGGAAGUGUGUGGGCAGUGACGGUGACAUCGUUUGAAACGGACGUAUACAUUUUCAUACGUAAAGGGAGCAUAAAUGGGCCUUUAGGCGUCGCUGUCUGAUGCUGACAUCACUGUGAAGGCGGUGGUGUUUGACGACGUGAACAGGCUGAUGUGAGACGUAUUGUUGGAGCAGAUCUGUGCACACAGAGUACAUGUGCUCUGAUCAAGGUCUGGACUCACUGAUGCUUCCAGCACCGUGGUUAUUCUUCUCCGGGUCGAGCAGUGGUUGUCCUCAACUUCUUAGACUUACACUGUCAUGGUUGUAUUUUUGAUUCUGACUUUUUUUGAGCUGUAAUUUUGAUUUAUUGUUCUGUUUCUCUGCAUGUUUGGUGUCUGAUUGUUGUCACUUGUGCAGCAGCAGCAGCUCAGCACCGAGGCUCAUGUGACUAUCAUGUGACUAUCAUGUGAUUAAAAGUUUCCACAGGUAAAAGUAGUUUAAAGUCUCUUGUGUUACAAACUCUACGUAUUAACGUAUUGAGAUCUUUGAUGC